AUGUGUCGAAACACCGUUCUCGCUCUUGCCCUUGUGGCCGUCGCUUUGGCUGCUCCUUCACAGCCUUCUUACGAUUACUCUCCUCCGGCAACCUAUGACGCUCCUGCUAAGUAUGACUUCAACUACGCUGUUAAGGACGACUACUCCGGAAACGACUUCGGUCACCAGGAAGCCCGUGACGGAUACAACACUCAGGGUUCCUACUUCGUCCUCCUUCCCGACGGUCGUCUGCAGAGGGUCACCUACACUGUCAACGGCGACUCUGGCUACGUAGCUGAGGUCAGCUACGAGGGUGAAGCUCAUUACCCUGAGCACCAUUCUGCUCCUGCCUACAAGCCUGCGCCUGCUUACAAGCCUGCCCCUGCCUAUGAACCCGCCCCUGGUUACCCUGCUCCUGUCUACGAACCUGCUCCUACCUACAAGGCUGCCCCUGCCUACAAACCUGCUCCUGCCUACAAGCCCACUACACCAGAAACACCUUCAACCACAAGGAAGCUUGCAGUGGAUAUAUUACCAGGGUUUCCUACUGCGCCCUGCUUCAUGACGGUCAUACGGGAUUUCAACUGCUUGGCUAAGAUCGCCGUCGCUCUUGCCCUUGUGGCCGUCACUCUGGCUGCUCCUUCACAGCCCUCCUACGGAUAUGCUCCUCCAGCAGCUUAUGACGCUCCAGCUCAAUAUGACUUCAACUACGCUGUAAAGGACGACUACUCUGGAAACGACUUCGGCCACCAGGAGGCACGUGACGGAUACAACACACAGGGUUCCUACUACGUUCUCCUUCCCGACGGCCGUCUGCAGAAGGUCGCUUACACUGUUAACGGUGACUCCGGCUACGUGGCUGAGGUCAGCUACGAGGGUGAGGCCCAUUACCCUGAGUACCAUCCUGCUCCUGCCUACAAGCCUGCCCCUGCCUACAAGCCUGCCCCUGUCUACGAACCUGCUCCUACCUACAAGGCUGCCCCUAAACAGCUAUACCUUAAUGUAGUGAAAUUUAUUGAUUAUAUGUAUUGUGUACCGACACCAUACUACAUUGAAGAAUUCCUUUAUAAAGAUUACGGUAUGGUUGUCGUUGCCCUCGCCCUCGUGGCCGUUGCUGCCUCUGCACCUUCUCAACCAGCUUACGGCUAUGCUCCUCAGCCUACCUACGAGGCUCCUGCCAAAUACGACUUCAACUACGCCGUGAAGGAUGACUACUCUGGGAACGACUUCGGUCACCAGGAGGCCCGUGAUGGCUACGACACCCAGGGUUCCUACUACGUCUUGCUUCCCGACGGUCGUCUGCAGAAGGUUGCCUACACUGUCAACGGCGACUCCGGUUACGUGGCUGAGGUCAGCUACGAGGGUGAGGCUCAGUAUCCCGAGUACAAGCCUGCUCCUGCCUACAAACCUGCUCCUGCCUACAAGCCUGCCCCUGCCUACAAGCCUGCUCCUGCCUACAAGCCUGCUCCUUCUUACCAGCCCGCACCUACCUAUGAGCCUGCUCCUUCCUAUGAGACCACCCCAGCUUACCCUGCUCCUUACCACCCUGCACCUGCCUACAAGCCUGCUCCUUACCAUCCUGCACCUUCCUACAAGCCUACACCUGUCUACAAACCUGCCCCUGCCUACGAGCUUGUUCCUACCUACGAGACCACCCCAACCUACGCUUAA